AUGGAGAGCAAAAAAAGGGUAAUUGAUGCUGCUCACAAGGGAGAUACUGAAAUACUAAACAAAAUGCUUCAAGAAAAUCCAUCCCUUCUUGAUGAUGUUGCAUUUGGUAAUCCUCCGGAGUCUGUUCUACAUGUUGCAAUUAAAGGUGGACAUGUUAGAUUUGUGAUUGAGCUUAUGAAGCACAACAAGAAGCUGGCUAGAGAAUUUGACAGAGGUGGUUUUCGGCCUCUAGAUGUAGCUGCAAUCAUGGGGAACGUCGAAAUGGUGAAACAGAUUCUGAGGUUGGAUCCUGGAUUAUGUCUUCUCAAAGGAAAAGGCCAAAGAACAGCCUUUUCUCCAGAUGCAUCUGUCAGGUUUCAUUAUGCACUGUUUUUUCAGCUACUGUGA